AUGUUGGUUUCUCCAUCUGUGGCCAUUACCAGAGGCACGAGGCUUUUUUCCACAUGUCGAGCUCUUCAGCAUGAGAAUCCUUUGGGGCUUCCACGCUCUGGUACCCCGCCAACUUUCCGUUCGCGCCGAGGGCUGCCCGAAAAGCGCAAGAUUCGAGAUGUCAAGAAAGUUGUUGCGGUCUCGUCAGCAAAGGGAGGCGUUGGAAAGUCUACAAUAGCGGUCAAUCUCGCACUAUCAUUUGCACGCCGUGGUAUUAAGACUGGGAUUCUUGACACCGAUAUCUUCGGUCCUUCUAUACCUACCCUCCUAAAUCUCUCCGGCGAACCUCGCCUCGACGAAAGUGGGUCUCCCUUUUAA